AUGGCCGACCAACCAGCACCCGGACGCGACGCCCUCGCUGAGGGCCGCCGCAUCUACCUAGGCAACCUACUUUACUCAGUCCAGCCCGGGGAUGUUGAGGACGUGUUGCGCCAGAGCGGGUUUGCCGAUUCUUUCGAGAAGUUGCAUAUCUCGAUAGACUCCGUCAGUGGCCGGAACCCGGGCUAUUGCUUCGCCGAGUUCACCUCCCGGGAGGAAGCCGACCGCGCCCUAGACUCGCUUCCUGGGAUCACCAUCUUCGACCGCCCCGUGAAGGUCGGCCCAUGCAACCCGAAGACAGCCUCCUCGGGCCCCUCACAGUCGCGCUGGGGCAGCAACCGCGGGGAGGGCCGGUCAGACAGAGAGUACAAUCCCAAUUAUCAACGUCGGAGCGAGUGGAAAGGGAGCGACCGCGACUCGGCUAGGUCCGGCCAGCGUGAUGGGGAGCCCGGAGAGAGAAACCAACGCCCGACGGACAAGGCCCAGCUAUACAUUGGGGGCUUGGGCGUGACGACCGACCAAGCGCAACAUGAUGCCGAGAUACAGGAUAUCCUGGCCGGCUAUGAGUACACCACCAUUGGCAAACGCAUUACCCCACGAGCAGAGACCCGUGCCACUCCCGGUAACCAUCAUUACUGCUUCGUGGAUUUUAGCACGGCUGACGAGGCCGACCGGGCGAUGCGGGAGCUCAACGGGAAGGAGAUAGAGGGCGGUACACUUCGCGUCUCUAUGCCCAGGAGUAGGGGGCCGACUUUUGAACAGGGCGGAAACAACGGGUGGAGGAAUUCGCCGGAUUCAGGAUCUCGCCAGUCUAAUCAUUCCUCGUACGGCAGGCGGCCGCAGCAGGAGGGAAGCCCCCAGGAAGGGCAGGAGAGACCUGAGCGGAGGGAGCCUACCGAAAAGCAGAGAACUAUCAUGACUUCCAACAACUGGAGGUCGAGCGCGGCCGCAAAUUAG